AUGCGAACUAUUGUGCCAUUUGCCUCGGAUCCCCUUCACCUUCAGAUGGUGUCUGCGACACCUGCGGGCAUUCACGACCACCUUGCUCUUCCAAUGCACCCUCAGGAGUCUGUGUCGCGUUCGGCGUCGCCCCAGCAAUCUGACAUAGGCAUACUCGUCCCGGGACAUGCACCUGGGGCCCACCAGACGUCUGCCGGAAAUUCGCAAUCUCUGGACACGAGUGCGACCGACCAUACUAUACAAUCUAUCUUGGAGGCUGCUAAACAAGCGUCAGUCGCGAAUAACGGACCAUCCUUGUCGUGGAAUACUAUUUCACCACAUCAGGAUCCUGUAGCAAGUCAGACGAUGUCACCGGUGGUGAAUCAGCGCUCGAGCACGAAACGGAAGCUCGACGACUCAGAAGCAGGGGACACACACAACAAAAUUAGACGCGUCGUUCGUGACCACGUAUCGCAAGAUCCAGCGCGUGUCAUGCCCAUGACCACAGUUAUCUGCCUACACGCGGCUGUCGCCCAAAAGUCGUACGGUAGCGAAAAGCGUUUCCUUUGUCCCCCCCCGGUUGUUCACAUAGAGGGACCUGUCUGGAACAUGAAGCAACAGCAUCUUGCGAUGGCGGUGGUUACUGAGUCUGGAGAACGUACUUUCGAGCAAAAGGCGCCACUGGAUCAGAGUCUCAACGCGAGCUUCAAGUUUCUGCAUGUUUCUGGUACUGCUAAGACGAAGAGUUUCCAGCUCGCUCUUGACAUAGCAGAACCUCCACCACCUUCUGCAGAUGGGUCCGAGACAGGCAGCGGACGUGUGUGGGCGUCAUUCGAUUCCGCACCUGUAACGAUCAUCUCGAAGCCUUCGAAGAAGACAGCAAAGACGCGUAGCAUUUCCUCUUGCAUCUUAGCAGGUGGUCCGGUGUCAUUAUUUAAUCGCAUCAAUUCGCAAACUGUACGCACCAAAUACAUGACCAUUGAUCAUGGUCAGAUGUGUGCUAGCAACAUUGCUUGGUCUGCUUUCAAUGUGGACGUCAGGAGCCGACCUCAAAUCGCUAACGAGGAAUCCCCUCUCUCCGGACCUGGUCCACAGACGGUGCUGUACGGUAGCAAGAUUAUUCUAAGGGACACUGUCACCGGCAUAUCUGCCCCAGAACUUAUCAUCCGCAAAGUCGACAAGGGUAGGAUAUCCAUCGAAGAUGGGGGCCCCGUCAGUCAAAUGCAGAAGAUCGCCCUUCAGAGGAUUAACCCAGAUGGUAGUCGACACUACCUAUCUGCGGCAGGGCCAGUUCCAGGCACUCCUGGCGCCAUUAUUCCUCCUACUCCUGGAUUGUCGAGCCAAGCUGGAUCGCAUCCACUGCUGUUCCAGGCGCCUCGUGUAAGAGAGGAAGUCAAGGAUGGUCAGAGCACUAUCACCGAUGAAGUGGAUGACUACCUUUGUUGGACGAUCGUCGGCAUCUCAAAGUUUCAGUACACAUUUUUUGAUGCAUUUGGUCAGAAUAAUCGGAUCCCGGACCUCCCUAUCACACCAUUUCCUACAUUGUUCACAGUCCCUGUCCAGCGAUUCGCUAGUGAACACGAUCUGCUAGAGCUGACUGCUGCAAACUUUUUCUACGAGAACCCGGCGACUGGAACAGUGGACCCCCUUGAUGUCUAUAUAGGCCCCCUAGGUCCGCUGCGGAUACGCGUUUUCCAAGCUGCACCAGUGCCCCUUGGUACGAUGGCGGCGCAGCCUUUCAUCGCGAACGUUCAGACCGAAGGACAACUCAGGUUUGUCUCUACUGCGGGCACGCUGGUGUCGUCGGCGCCUCAUAACCCAAUCCACGGGCCAUUGCACACCGUCGUGAUUGUGGAGAUGCCUCCAAAAGACGAAGUGUUGAAAGCUAUGGAGGAGAGCGCUUUGCCAACUGGCGAGGAGACCAGGAGUUCUCCCGGGGGGCGGACUUUGCCUAGGGAACAACGAAUACAGGGACGACCUUUGCCUUUGCUAUUCAUACGUGCCUACGAUGGCAUCGGAUACCACUCGGGACGAUUGAUUGCUUGUGAGUAUUUAUUCAAGGACAUGGAUCUAAGUGCUGGUGCGUCCGGCAAUGGUGGCAACAGAGAUUGGAUAGCAGAACAGGCGGCGCGGGCGGCAGAGAACAGCCUGAAUAACUGGACAUAUAAAGUGAUCUGA